GUCUCCCACUUUCUUUUCACUUUCAAGAAAACUGACAAAAAGCAAAAAAGCUAAAGAAGAAAAAUGAGAUCCUCCCUUUGCUCUGGACCCUUCAUUCUGCAGUUCAUUCUUUCUGCUUUGUUCAUCUUAAAGACCAGUUUGCAUGCAAUUGCAAGUGACCCUCCGUUGACAUUAGACUACUAUGCUUCUACAUGUCCCACUAUUUUUGAGAUUGUCAGGAAAGAAAUUGAAUGUGCAGUACUUUCUGAUCCUCGUAAUGCAGCCUUGAUAGUUAGAUUACAUUUCCAUGACUGUUUUGUCCAGGGAUGUGAUGGGUCAGUUUUGUUGGAGGACACAAUAACCUUGCAAGGAGAGAAGAAAGCUUCAACCAACAGACACUCUUUGAAAGGUUUUCGCAUUGUUGAUAGAAUCAAGAACCAGCUUGAAUCAGAGUGCCCAGGAAUUGUGUCAUGUGCAGAUAUUCUCACCAUUGCAGCAAGAGAUGCUGUUAUUUUGGUUGGUGGGCCAUAUUGGGAUGUUCCACUAGGAAGGAAGGAUUCUGUCACUGCUAGUUUACCACUAGCAGAGGCUAAUCUUCCUAAACCAAAUGAGGGCCUUAUGUCUAUCAUUUCCAAGUUUCUAUAUCAGGGCCUUACAGUUACAGAUGUGGUAGCUCUUUCUGGAGCUCAUACCAUUGGCAUGGCACGGUGCGAGAGCUUCAGAGAAAGGAUUUAUGGUGAUUUUGAAGCAACUUCUGAGAAGAACAUUUUCUCUGAGUCACAUCUAAACAACCUGAAAUCAAUUUGCCCUCCUCUUGGUGGAGAAGAUAACAUAUCAGCCAUGGACUAUGUUACUCCAAACCUUUUUGAUAACUCCUACUACCAUCUACUUUUGAAAGGUGAGGGACUUUUGAACUCAGACCAGGAAUUGUAUUCCAGUGUGCUUGGUGUCCAAACAAGUGAGCUUGUCAUGAAGUAUGCAGCAGACCCACUCGCUUUUUUUGAGCAGUUUUCAGAUUCCAUGGUGAAGAUGGGAAAUAUUACCAAUUCAGACAGUUUUGUCAACGGGGAAGUUAGGAAAAAUUGCAGAUACGUUAACACAUGAUGACCAGCUGCAACAUAUAAAAGAUAUAUAAUUACCAAUAUUAUUUUAAUAAUUAUUAUAUAUAUAUAUAUUUAUAUAUAUUACCUUCCCCCCCCUCCUUGUUCACCUAUAUGUUCAGAUAUUGAUUUAAAACGUAAAUUAAUACUUUAAGUUUGUCAAUGUCAAUGGAAAUUACUGGAAGUAAAAGUGAUGUGUACUUUCCAAAAACACUGAAAGUGAAAUGGAAAUCAAUACGUAAAUUUGUCUAUGUCAA